AUGUCGCUGGCAGGCAGCCACAGUCCGGACGACGACAGGCUGGGCUUUGGGGAUGACGCCGGCCUAUCGCCCGAUGAUAACCCAAUCCAGGAACACGCGAGGCCGAGGAAGCGCACCAGGAGAGCGUGCGACAAGUGCAGCACCUCCAGAACCCGAUGUGAUGGUAAAUGUCCCUGCCGCCGUUGUCAAGAUUACGGCUACAUAUGUCAGUACAACAGAGAAGUCAAAAAGAGGGGAAGAUUGCCUGCGUCUUCUUCGGCCAAAUACCAUCAUGAGCCUCAACCUUCCCUGUCACGAACAAACAGCGGCGCUCGGGAUGACGCAUUCAUAUCAGAAUCCUCUCCCGCGCCAGCCUCGCCUUCGUCGAGGUCUCUUGUUGACGACAGAUCGCUGCCACCGAUAUAUAUGCGAGGCAGUCUUACUCAUGGUCCUCCUCUAAACGUGAGCCAACUCAAUGAUGCAACAACGACUGCUCUGUUCCCAGAGGGCAGCGCGCCCGCCGAGAAACGACGUAGAUUGUCAGGUUCCAUGUCUGUUCCUUCCCUCAUACAAUCAGGCUUGCACAGACACACUCGUUCCCGUUCCUUUCGCCCUUGGGCCGCGUCGUCAUCCGUUGCCUUUCUGGACGGUCAAUUGGCCGCCGAUUCGGACGCCCUCAUCUCCGACGACAGUGUUGGCUAUCCAUCCCCGGCAGGUGGUAAUGGACAGCUCGAACAUGGCGGCCCGCGUCAUCAUAGGGGCUCGAUGAGAUCCGCCAGCAGCAAUGAACUGCCUCGCGACUCUCGAAGCACUGCCACUCUUGUUGCCGAUGGACCAUCCCCGGAUUUGCUCCAGAAAGCGCCGACCGAGGAUUGCUGCUACAAGUUUCUCGACCCUGUUCUGCCGUAUAUCCGUAACAUCCUUCCCGCUUCGGUAGCCUGCGAAUUGCUCGACAUAUUUCUCACCGAUCCCGGCAGCUCGCUGUUUCGCGGAGCAUCACCGUAUAUCCUGACACGAAUAUUCCGCAAAAAGUCGAUUUUGCAUCCGACCACACCGAGGUACACUACGCCCGCCCUCCUGGCUACGAUACUUUGGUGUGUCGCGCAAACGGCAGACGUAAUGCUUCUUCAUAUACCCGGAACUCGCGCCAAGGUCGUCAACGACUUGUAUGACCUAGCCACGUCCUUGACCUCGGAAAGAGACCCUGAUCGCUGGAGAAGGAUCCACGGCGGACUGCGGGCAGAAACUGAGGUGCCGAUUCCCGGAUGGAGGAAUUCUGCCUCGGUACCCGCUACCACGGCAGCAAACGAGCCUGCCGGUGGCGUAGAUGAUGUCCUCACGUUUGUUCUCUUGUCUAUUGCUGUUUCCGGCGGUGACUUCAAGUCUGAUUGCCACAAGUGGUGGUCCAAAGCGCUUAGACUGACCUUGGCCCUGCAAUUGAAUCGCGAGGAUGAGCGGUGCCAGGCAUCCGUUUCGCCCUGUGCCAAUCCUUUAUGUUCGUGUCACAGAGAUCGCUCCGACGCGACCUAUAUCGAGUUUGAGCGUCGAGAAGAACGCAGGCGCGUGUUCUGGCUGCUGUACAGCCUCGAUCGGCACUUGAGCUUGUCGUUCAACACCAUCUUGUCAAUGCCAGACUCGUACUGUGAGGUUUAUGCCCCGUUACCAGAGGCCGUUUGGGAGAAUCUCGACGACAUACCGCCCAAGGAUCUUCCCGCAAGGGUCAUGGGCCCGCCGGUAAUAGCAGGCGGAACCGGGUACCUCGAAUACUUCCUGCCUCUCAUGGCCAUUCUCGGGGAUAUUAUCGAGAUUCACCAUCGCCGACGGCAUCCUCGCAUGGGGCUCCAAGAGGACAGCUACUCGGUGUCCGUGGUGCAGGAACUCCUCGCGGGCUACGAGCUAAGCCUAGACGCCCUGGGUCGAGACGGCGGCUCCUUCCCGACGUCUGGUCCCCACGCGUUUCAAGUCCAAGGCCAAGGGGGACGCGACAUCCUGAGCGGCAUCCCAACCCCCGGUUUCGUCACCGGCACCGGCACCGGCACCGGCACUGGCCACGCAACGUCGGCCUCGUCCGAGGCGGACCAGUCCAAAGUACGCCUCGUCAAGGCGUACAGCACCCACAUCUUGCACGUGCUCCACGUGUUGCUGCACGGCAAAUGGGACGCCAUCUCCAUGCUGGACGGCGGGGACGACUGGAUCACGUCGAAGCGAUUCACCGAAUGCGCAGCACACGCCAUUUCAGCAUCCCAGUCGGUGUCGACGAUACUGGCCAUCGACCCGGAACUCACCUUUAUGUCGUACCUGUUUGGGAUAUACCUGCUGCAAGGCAGUUUUGUCCUUCUCCUCUUUGCGGAUAGGAUGCCGCAGCUUGGUCCCAACGAGUCUGUCGAGCAGGCGUGCGAGAACAUCAUCAGAGCCCACGAAGUAUGCGUGGUGACGCUCAACACGGAGUUUCAGAAAAACUUUCGCAAAGUGGUCCGGUCCACGUUGUACAGCGUGCGGGGAUCCGGCACGACCAACUUGGAGGAGCACCGGGCACGGCGGCGCGCGUUGUCGCUGUACAGAUGGACCAAAGGCGCGAGGGGGCUGUCAUUAUAG